GCCCAACGACCUUCGAUUCUAAACGUAUCGCUUUGCAUUUCAUUACAUUACAUUCUCAUUCUGCGCUGUUGCGGCGUGGGACACAAAAACAUCGCCGUCUCCGCCGUAGGUACUUCUAGGCUGGCAAGGGCAUUUCGAUUUCCCCAUGCGUGGCCGCAACUUUCGAAGUUGGAAACUCUGAUUGAAUGUCCCCUAAAUUCUGAUUGGGUAGCUCCAAUGGAGGAUACCCAUGAAAUUGAGGAGAAGGCGCAUGAAGAAGUGAUUUCAGACGAAGCAUCUGAAAAGAAGCAGGAAACUCGUGAUGAAAUUCUUUCACGUCACAGGAAUGAGAUAUCAGAGUUGCAGAAAAAGGAACUUGAAAUGAAGAAGGGAGCAGCUCGGGGCAGCAAGGCUGAGCAGAAAACUAAGAAGAAGCAAGUGGAGGAAGAGGUUUCUCAACUUUCUGCUACGCUUAAGGAGAAACAUGCCAAAGAACUGGCUGCAUUAGGCUAUAGCAGUGCUAAUCGAAAUGAAAAGGGCAAUUUGGACAGUUUGGUGAAGGCCAUAGCUGGAGUAUCUGUUAAUAGUCAACCUGAACAUACAAAGGCCAGCAAGGCCAAACAGAGGCGAGACAAAAAAGCUCAACAAGAAGCAGAAAGGGAGCAGAGAAUCCAAGCUGAGCAGAGUGAAAUUAUAAGUGAUCGAAUGAUUGAAAAUGAGAAAUUGGAAAGGAAGUUGAAGCCUCUUGGUUUGACUGUUUCUGAGAUAAAGCCUGAUGGGCACUGCCUAUAUAGAGCUGUUGAGGAUCAGCUGGCUGUUCGAUCUGGGGGUAGAUCUCCUUACACAUAUCAAGAACUUCGAGAAAUGGUGGCUGCGUACAUGAGAAAUCACACAUCUGAUUUCAUUCCUUUUUUUCUAUCUGAGAAUUUGAUUGAAGCUGAUUCUGAUGAAUCACUUACUCAGAAGUUCGAAAAUUAUUGUAAAGAAGUGGAGUCAACAGCGGUUUGGGGAGGACAACUAGAGCUUGGUGCCUUGACUCACAUCCUGAAGAAGCAUAUUUUGAUAUUUUCAGGGUCCUUCCCAGACGUGGAGAUGGGGAAAGAGUACAAAUCCAAUGAUGCUAUUGGCUCGUCUAAUUCGAGUAUUAUGCUUUCUUACCACAGGCAUGCGUUUGGGCUAGGUGAGCACUACAAUUCUUUGGUCCCAACUUGAUCAAAUGGGCAUAAUGUAUAUGCUUAUCCUGUCGCCUCGUGGUAUUCUUGUUUACAGCCAGACAUUUGGCUAAAGGUUUUCUUGAAACCAAAUUACAUGGUUUGGGAGUAGCGGUAAUUGAUAAUUUAUGUACAUUUCUUAACUGUAAUUGAUAAUUUCUGGAUGAUUUAUAUUGAUAGUUAUGUAUCAAACGCUCUUUUGGAAUCUAUUGGUUUCUAGUCUUUCUUAAUUAAA